UCAACAAACUUAUUUUUGAACAAAUUAACAAUAAGACAAAAAAUGCAACAUCAACAAAAUAAUACAUUAUUCCCGCAUUCCCUUUUAUUACAUACAAUUAUUUAAGCUAAUUAAAGUCAUUAAUGCAAUAAAAGUAAACAAAAGCACAAAGUGAGUCCAAGAAUUUAUUCCCGGGGUUUGUGAGCCAGAAAUAUUAUGAAUAACAAUAAAAAAGCACGCAAAUUUGAAAAUAAAUAUGGUAGAGAACUGAAAAAUAUCGCGCCUUUCCUGCUAGUAUCGACCCAAACCUGAUAAUAUCGACAUUUGGAUAGAUCCUCGCGCCUCUGGUGUGUAUUUUGUAUUUUUUUGUUGAUGUUUGAUCUACUUGCAGCAGAGACCACGAACUAUCCCACGACACACCCAGAUCGCCCCUCUGCUCUCGUCACAUGGUCCAAACCCUUCCAGCGGACUUCCUACCUUGGAUGCGUCCAAGUUCACCUCCCCUUCCUCUGCCAGCUAAUCUCACUCUCCUCCUCCUCCUCCUCACUUCUUCUCCCCUCCACUUAGUGAUCGUGCUCCACGCUGCCCUUUCGUCCCCGCAGCCACUUCCACUCGAGUGGAUUCAUGCUCGGCCCUCGCCAUGCAGAACCACCACGCCAAGGAGCACCUGUACAAGAUCCUGGUCAUAGGAGACCUCGGGGUGGGCAAGACCAGCAUCAUCAAGCGAUACGUGCAUCACAACUUCAGCCCCAACUACAGAGCCACCAUCGGGGUGGACUUCGCCCUCAAGGUGCUCAACUUGGACCAGGAGACUGUGCGCCUCCAGUUGUGGGACAUAGCAGGUCAGGAGAGGUUUGGCAACAUGACCCGUGUGUACUACCGCGAGGCAAUGGGCGCCUUCAUCGUGUUCGACGUGACAAGGCCCGCCUCCUUUGAGGCCGUCACCAAAUGGAAGGAGGACUUGGAUUCCAAAGUGUCGCUGGGCAAUGGCAAGCAUGUGGCCACUGUGCUCCUGGCUAAUAAAUGUGACCAGGGCCGGGACGUACUGACCAAUAAUGGAAUAAAGAUGGAGCAGUUCUGCCAGGAGAACGGCUUUGUGGGAUGGUUCGAGACAUCAGCGAAGGAGAACAUCAACAUCGAUGAAGCUGCUAACUGCCUGGUGAAACACAUCAUUUCCAGUGAGAAUGACAUGCUGCAAUCAGAGGUCCCAGACACCAUCACCCCCCAUUUAGAGACGGACAAAGGCGGGACGUGCUCCUCUUGCUUCAGGUCGCAGUAAUGGCGUGUAUGUGGCCGUCCAUUAGCAGGCGAUUACAUGCAAAGUUGCUCUGUGUGCUGCACAAAUGUUGUUUGGAGGGAGAAUGUUUUCCUUCCUGGUUUUCUCCGGGUACUCCAGCUUCCUCCCACUUCCCAAAAACAUGCAUGAUAGGCUAAUUGUAGACUCCAAAUUGUUCAUAAGUGUGAAUGUGAGUGUGUGUGGUUGUUUGCCUAAAUGUGUCCAGGUUGUACCCCGCCUCUCCCCCGAAGUCAGCAGGGAUAGGCUCCACCGUUCACGUGACCCUAAUGAGGACCAGAGGUAUAGAAAAUGGAUGGAUGGAUGUUUUCCCUCCUCUCUGACAGCUGGGAUUGUUUGAAGGAGGGCGAGAGCAGAGGAAAUGGAGGGAUGGAAGGAAAGCUAGAGAAAGAAGGAUCGAUGUACCUGUCAAAGACAAGGUCACUCACAUCUUUAGCACUCCCACGUGUGUAACCAUGGAGACGCAGUUACUUAAUGAACACAUGGAGCAUAUCAGAGAAUAUCUCUGCUAAAGGUCCAAAUCUUCAAACCAUGUUGGCUGUCACUCGUCAUACUCAGUCUCUCGCCCACUCCAUUUUAUUAUCCCGCCUCUUUUCUGUCCACCUUCAAUGCAAAGCAGACAGUGUUCCUUCAGUCCUUUGUAAUUAGCCAAUAACUCUACAGUUACAUGGCUGAUAUAACUUUGCAUAUUACUGCUGGCUUUAUUAUUACAGUGCCCUUUUUAAUAUUUCAAGAUCAAAUAUUUUAUUUAUAAAUGCAAUUAGAGAUAUGUUAUCAUUACAGGGCAACAUUUAUAACGGUUUUAUACUCAGGAUAAACUUUAACUUAACUUUAACACAAAAUUGAUGAAAAAUACAUUUGCAUUUAUCAAGAGUGAGAAAGUAUUUUAAUCUUUAUCCACUGGUUUUAUACUAUAUUUGGAAUGUUCGUACCUUGUAAUAUUUGUAAUUAUGUGCUGAAUUAAUCUAUCUAUCCAUACAAAUAUGUACAUAUUAUGUUCUAAUGUGUCCUGUUAUCAACAUGAA